AUGGCCCAGCCCGAGGAAAACAUCCAUGACAUCGGUGCUCCUGUCUACCUGUGUGGCGGAAGCGACGGCAACUGCAGCCCCCUGAGCAGGGAGGAGCUGAGGCAGCUCAUUGAGCAGGAGUUCGAGGACGCGAUGGAGAACCCCCAGGACCCCAAAACUGUCAAGAAAGUGCUGCGCGUCCUGAAUGACGACAGCAACCACAGGGUUGACUUCAGUGAGUUGCUCAGCCUGGUUUUCCGCACAGCCAAGGCUUGUUACAAGCCGCUGCAGCCUGGCCAGGGGCAGGAAGAUGGUCAAGAGCUGACAGAGGAAGAGAAGGCAGAUGGGGAGCAGCCAUCAAGGCCGCACACAGCAGGGAGGGUCUCCUGCAACCAGCAGGUCCCCGAGCAGGGUGUGAACAAUCAGGUUCAGGACACUGACAACCAUCAAACUCAGGAGGGUGAGACACCAGAGGAGGACCAAGACACCUGUCAAAACCAAGAGGGUGAGACACCAGAGAAGGACCAAGACACCCGUCAAAACCAAGAGGGUGAGACAGAGGAGGAGGACCAGGACACCCAUCAAAAUCAAGAGGGUGAGACACCAAAGCAGGACCGGGACAACCAACAAACCCUGGAGGGUGAGACAAAGGAGAAGGACCGGGACAACCAUCAGGAUGACAGGACUGGAGCAUCAGAAGGGGAUCCAGAGAGAGGUGAGAUUCUGGACACUGCAACCCCAGAGCAGAACAGAAAUACUCAUAAGGCUGAAGAGACUAAGUCACCAAAACAGGACCCAAAAACCCACCAGGCCAAAAAAACAGAGGCACCAGGACAGGGUUCAAACCACCAUCAGAGUCCAGAGACAGAGUCAGCAGAGCAGGACCUGAAUUGUCCCUCUGAGACACAAAGAAGAAACCCAAAGAACAAGACGCAGGUCUGCGAGGCCCCUCAGCAGGACCCCAACCCUGACAAGACCCAGAAGCUGCUACCCCCACAGCAGGGUGCAAGCCCCUGUCAGGAUCCCAAGCCCCAGGGAACGCACCACAACCCAGCUUUCCACUGGGUCCUUGAAUCCAAGGUGCUGGAGCAGGAGCACAGCGGGGCAGAGGCUCCAUCUUGUCCAGUACAACCUCAAGACACUCAUCAGCACAAACAACCCCCUACAGAGCAACAGGUUCUGCAGUCUCUGUAUCAGUGGCCACCGCAGCAGUAA